ACGAGUUUAUAUGGUACGCUUUGAUUGGCUAAUGGUGGACGACGUCACUCGACGGGGUAUAUAAGACCGCGAUACGAGGAGAGUCGUACAGGAAUUGAGUCCACUCAGACCCAAACACACAACAUGAAGGUUCUGGCUGUACUUUGUCUGGCGGUUGCCUGCUCCGCGCUGCCCACGGGCCUGGUUGGACCUUCCGGCGUUAUCGGACCGUCUGGCUUGGUUGGUCCCUCCGGCCCCGUCCAGUUCCACCAGCCAGCUUAUGCCUUCCUUGGCCACGCCGCCCACGCCCACAUUGCUGCUCUCAACGCCGUCAGAAACCCAACCGUGGCCCGCCCCCUCAUCUACCAGGCCGCCCCCCACGUGCCCGUAUUCUACGGUGUGGACGCCGCCGGCUGCGUCAGCGGUCCCUCCGGCAAGGUGUGCCCCACCGGCAACAUCCAAUACCUGUAAUGAGUCACUGACGGCUACCAUGCCCGCCCCCGCACACACGCAUUCCAUGUCCCGCGCCUCGUGCCAUUCCCGGAACCGGACCAUCGUCCCUGCCUAAUUUAUAACACAAUUAGUGGACACAUUUCAUGCAUUAAUCAUUGUCAAAUUGACCCACGCAUCUGUGAUGAAUACAUGUUGAUGUAAACAA